GGGGGCCCCGCCGCGCCUCGAUGGCUCUGGUUACGGUGCAGCGCUCGCCUACCCCCAGCGCCACCUCCAGCCCCUGCGCCUCGGAGGCAGACAGCGGGGAAGAAGAAUGCCGGUCCCAGCCCAGAAGCAUCAGCGAAAGCUUCCUCACUGUGAAAGGUGCAGCUCUCUUCCUGCCACGAGGAAAUGGGUCAUCCACUCCCAGAAUCAGUCACAGGCGCAACAAACACGCAGGGGAUCUCCAGCAGCACCUGCAGGCCAUGUUCAUCCUGCUCCGCCCAGAAGACAACAUCAGACUGGCUGUGAGACUGGAAAGUACCUACCAGAACCGCACUAGAUACAUGGUGGUGGUGUCCACCAAUGGCAGACAGGACACAGAGGAGAGCAUCGUCCUAGGAAUGGAUUUCUCUUCCAAUGACAGUAGCACUUGUACGAUGGGCUUGGUGCUGCCGCUSUGGAGUGACACCUUGAUCCACCUGGAUGGGGAUGGAGGGUUCAGCGUAUCAACAGAUAACAGGGUGCACAUAUUCAAGCCCGUGUCUGUGCAGGCAAUGUGGUCUGCUCUGCAGAGUUUGCAUAAGGCUUGUGAAGUGGCACGGAGCAACAAUUACUAUCCAGGGAGCCUCUUCCUCACGUGGGUCAGUUACUAUGAGAGCCAUAUCAACUCRGACCAGUCGUCAGUCAACGAGUGGAAUGCCAUGCAAGAUGUCCAGUCCCACCGGCCCGACUCGCCCGCCCUCUUCACWGAUGUCCCAACUGAGCGGGAACGCACGGAACGGCUCAUUAAGACCAAAUUAAGGGAGAUCAUGAUGCAGAAAGAUUUGGAGAACAUCACCUCAAAAGAGAUACGCACGGAGCUGGAGAUGCAGAUGGUGUGUAACCUGCGGGAGUUCAAAGAGUUCAUUGACAACGAAAUGAUAGUGAUCCUUGGGCAGAUGGACAGCCCCACACAGAUAUUUGAUCAUGUCUUCUUGGGCUCRGAGUGGAAUGCCUCCAAUUUGGAAGAUUUGCAGAACAGAGGGGUACGGUAUAUUUUGAAUGUGACUCGAGAAAUAGAUAACUUCUUCCCUGGGCUCUUUGAAUACCACAAUAUCCGGGUUUAUGAUGAAGAAGCUACAGAUCUUCUGGCUUACUGGAAUGAUACCUACAAAUUCAUCUCCAAGGCAAAGAAAAAUGGUUCUAAGUGCCUGGUGCACUGCAAGAUGGGAGUGAGCCGCUCAGCAUCCACGGUGAUUGCUUAUGCCAUGAAGGAAUACGGCUGGAACCUGGACAGGGCUUACGACUACGUGAAGGAACGGCGCACCGUCACCAAGCCCAACCCCAGCUUCAUGCGGCAGCUGGAGGAGUACCAAGGGAUCCUGCUGGCCAGCAAACAGCGGCACAACAAACUGUGGCGCUCGCACUCRGACAGCGACCUCUCGGAUCACCACGAGCCCAUCUGCAAGGCUGGGCUGGAGCUGAACAAGAARGAGAUCACCACCUCAGCAGACCAGAUCUCAGAGGCCAAGAGCAACGACAACCAGCAGCCCAUGUCUCCCAUCUACUCAGCUGAGCUGGACAGGGAGCAGCAGCUCCUGGAGGAUGCCAACAUGAUCGAGGAUGUGUGUGUGAAGGAGAGAAGGAUCCACUUAGAGUUUACUUGCAGAGACUUCCACACUGAGCAGAUGGAGGACAAGCUGAACCURAACAAUAUCAAUGGCUGUACGGCGGGGUGUUGUGUGGACUCUGUGCCCCCUGACAACUGCCAUGCWUCUGAGGCCUUAAUGCAGCUYCAGCACCCCUUGGAAAUCACRGAGUUUCCUGAUCUGACMGUGGACGAUCUAGAAAAAGAUGCCCUUAAGCCUGAUAUGAACGUGCACUUGGUUCCCAUGGAAGAAUUCACUUCAUGCUUAAAAGACUUUCCCCAGUCCCCAAACCAAAAUUCCCCAAGUCUGCAACAGAACCCUCAGCCCGAAGUGACAGACCUCAGCACAGACAGGAUUGAUUUCUUCAGCGCCUUGGAGAAAUUCGUGGAGCUCUCCCAGGAGAGCCGGUCACGCACCUGCUCCCAUUCCAGGCCAGAGGAGCAAGGGACUGGGAGGAAUGGGGUCUCCAGGGUGCCCAUGCUGGAAGUGCCRCCUGCUACAGAUGGGGGUGCAGAUGCUCGAAGGAACAGCCCUGGAAACUCUCCUCAGGCAUCAGAUGACUCUUCCACAGAUGAAGAGCAACAAAAGGAGGUUCCUGAGCUGCCUGGAGCAGGUCAUCUCACRAGAUCCCACUCGGAAAAUGCCAUUUCUGUGAAGGAAAUUAUCACAGAGAUCGAGUCAAUCAACCAGGGAGCAGGAUCUGCCCAGCAGAAAGAGAGUUCAGCCAACCUCAGCCAGACACCAAAGAGGAACACGGUGCAUGACCUGCCAGUGGAGGUGAUUUGGGCAUCAGAAAAGUUGGAACAGAGCGAAGGAGCCUGUGCUGGACACCAGGAAAAGGAGAAGGACCCUGGGCCAGCUGAGCAGGAAGAAGCCCCAUCCCUGCAGCCAUCUUCUGGUAAAACAGACCUGGAGGAAAGCAGCUCUGGUGGGGAGCAGCAGGAGCCUCGUGGCUCUUCCAUCGACCCUGAGCCCAAGUGGUGCCCCGGCUCCGUCCGGCGAGCCACGCUGGAGUUCGAGGAGCGCCUGAGGCAGGAGCAGGAGCACCAGCACACGGCCCCAGCCUGCACUUUACCCACCCGCAAGAACUCCAGGAACGACUCUCCUGCUGCCGAGCUCCUGCCACGGGGGAAGAGCGAGGAGCCGCCCCUGGAGCUGGCUCCGGAGGGUGACCGGGCUCAGGGUCCGGGUGCUGAGGAGCUGCCUGYGGGCAGACCCCUGCCUGCACCCCUCGGCCCCMCUGCCCAGGAGWCCCUGCCCRCAGAGCCCAGCCYGGGGCAGGAGGGGGUGGCACAAGAGCGCAGGACAGUGGUGUCGUUUGACGGGACGGAGGAGCCAUCCCUGCCCUCCCUCCUCCCAAAGAGGAUCGAAAUCAUCGAGUACACCCUCACGGUGAAGCCUGCAGAGCAGCGCCCCGACACAAGCUGUGAGCAGGGCGGGCUGGCUGCGGCCACCCCGUCCUUAGAUGAAAACUUGAACCCCUCGGUGUGCUUGGAGAAGGCUCCGGCYGAUCCCUCGCCGCCGGAGCACGCGGUACGCAAGCAGGCCGCCUUCACCGUGGGCGGCCCCGGCGAGGAAGGUGAUGCGACCCCUGCUCACCUCACUGCUGCUUCUCCCUCUGCCCAGGUGACCUGUGCCCCUCCAGCCAGCCUCGAGCGCUCUCCUUACCCCUACRUCAUUCACCUGGAAGGUGUCACCGAGCAGAGCACGGCCACAGACCAUGAGCCGGUCACGCCGUGUGGCGCCGAGGGAGACGCGACUCUCCCGUUCAGGGACGGUCCCAAACCUCUCUGCGGGGGUGAUGCUGCGGGCAUCUCGAGGCAGCUGAGCAGUGAUGACUUCACCAGCCAGCGUGCUGAAAACAUGGACCUUCUGGACAUCUCGUUCCUGUGUUACAGCCUCCCGCACAGCUCCAGCAGCCGCAGCGUGGAGGAGCGCUCCAGCAGCCCCGGGCUGGUCAAGCAGCGGGCAAAGGAAAUCGAGGCUCGGAUCCGGCACGCGGGGCUCACCACGCCCUCCCACAUGAAGCGCUCGGCRUCCCUGGCCAAACUGGACUGCCUGGACCUCUCCAAGGACGACUUACGCGAGAGGGAGUCGGCCUCUUCCGAUGCCAACCCGGUGCUUCUCACCUGCGUUGCYCUUGGUCGAGGCUUUUGCGGGGGGAGGUUGGAGAGGGGCUCGGAGGGCGUGUGUGGGAARCAUCGCCUCUCCUCCCCAGAGCCCGCUAAGCAUUUUGUGGAACAGCUCAGAACAGCUGAGUGCAUUGCCCAGAGCAAGCCGGUGGAGAGGCCGCUGGCUCAGUACGCCAAAGAGUGCAGCUCCAGCCAGCAGAGUUUGUGUCCCGGCGCGGAUCCGACGUGGACUAGCUCCGAGGAGGGCCCUCCGCUGCUCCAGGUGCAUGUCCUGGACUCCUURUCUCCAGCUCAAGCUCUGGCUGUCGCCCCACGGCAGCAGCAUGGGAGAACUCACCCUCUGCGGAGGCUCAAAAAGACCAAUGACAAAAAGCGGACAACCAAUCCCCUCUACAACACGAUGUGAUCCUGGGCCCUUGGCUGUGAUUUCUUACCCAAAAGCCGUGGUGUUGCUUUCACRCAAGGGGCAGGUGUAAUAUAAGGAACAUGCACUUUAUUGGUUAAUUUUAUAUAUAUUGUCAUUUUACUGUUCCUGGCGCAUGUAGGUGUGGGUUGGUUCUUCUGUGUGUGACUCUGACUGCAGGACUGUUUGGGUUUUUUUUAAGUUUUUUAACUCGGAUAACCUCAUAUGUUCUUUUGUUUGUUUUAUUUUGUUAGUUUGUUUUAAAAGAACACUUUUUUGAUGAGAAAAUUGAUGUUGGCUUGCUUUGGGAAGGUAGAGUCUUGCUUACAAACCAGAUCCUAGUUCCUAACUUGAAUUUUCCCCCAUGCCUUGAAAUGGUGCUGGACAGGUAGUGGGGUGAGAGCCCCUGUAAAUGUGAAGGUUGUGCCAAGGUCCCUUUGUUUGGCCUUUUUUUUCUGCAAACUGGAACUCCACCAUGCUGGCAGAUCCCUCACAAAGCUGCUUCAGGACGGGCUCGGUUCAGCUGGUGCUUCCCCAAAAGGAGCACACGGGGUAAAUCCUCYCGAUGGAUGGGCUCUGAUAACCCUGGGCAGCACCAAGAGCAGCUCUCCCYGCUGCCACAGGGCACCCAGAGCUCUCUGCUCUGUGCUCAGGUGGGGCACAGCUCCUCCAGGAGCUGCCCCAUUCACCUCCACCCCCAAAGCCAKUGUUCUUUUAAAACAAACGCCUCAUUAGGGUUUUAACCCUCCCAUUACUUGAAUACUGCUGUGGGCCUUCCAAGUUCAUGGCCAUAUCAUCUGUCCUCUGCCCUCUGCCCCAAAGCUGUUCUCGUGCUGCCUGAGUUUCCCUCUCCCCUGUGCCACGCUCACGGGUGUUUCUGGUCACUCCCAACCUUGAGCUGUUUUUGUUACAUGACAUACUGCCCUUAAUGCAAAGCUUUGUCCUCUCUGCUGUCGCUCCUAACUGGACCCAGAGGGAAAACCUUUUCUGGGAACUUUUUCUUUUCUCUUCUUUUUAAUUUUCUUUUUUUUUUUAAUUUUUUGUUUUAUUUUUGCCUAAAUUGUAUAUAUGAUAUUUAUAUGAUUUUUUUUUUUGGUCUUUUCUAUGUGUUUUUCUUUUUUUAAAAAAGGGCAAGACUGCAUUCUGUAAACUGGAAAACAAACCCACCUGACUCAAACUCAGUGCUGUUCUUUGUGAUCUGCACAGACACAGGAGUGGAUUUGACAUUACAAGCUGUCUUCCCUUUCCAAAAGUGAGCCUCGAUGCCAAAUGUGUCCCUUCUCCUCCAGUCCUGUGUGAACCCCCGUUAUCCCACUGUGGGAGGGGCACUGCGUGUCUGCCCAUCUCCUUCCUGCUUGAAGCUGGGUUCCAGAAAUGCCAGUUGGACAUGGAAAGCCAUYGGCUGCUCUGAGCCAUUCUGCAGGUUCUUGCUUCCCCGGAGAAACUGCUUUUGAAGGGUCUGCUCCAAAUUUCAGCAAAUUAUUUUGUGGUUUCUGAGCAGUUUGGCUAAAUCAAAGCUUCCCAUUUCUAGCUGAGUGCAUCAGCAAAUUGUCCCUGUGCUUCAGGAGCAGAGAGAAAGGCCAAGGGGAGCUCUGGGUCCUGUCCACAGUCYCGUGGCAGGUCCUGUGUGAUCUGGUGCUUGGCUGGAGCCCAGACUGCCCUCCGGGGAGGAGUGAAGCAGGGAGAAGAUGCAGAAUGGCUCAGGCUGCYGAAGCCCAGCAUGGAGAGGACAUGGUGUGGGAGGAGCAGCAGCCAAGGCCAUGCCUAGAAAGCGGCCCUGAAGCUGCAGAGCCAUGCAGGCUGUGAUGGGACAAACCYUUCUUGAGCUGGAGAGGGGUGCAUGGCACCGGAGCGCCCCAGAGUAUUGGGAAGCAGCAUGUGUCUGSCCUGGGGAAGGGAUGUCUGUGACCCCCAGUUUGCCCACAGCUGGUGGCAGAGGCCAGCCUAGCAGCUGGCAAGGUAAUGCCACCUUGCUGUCCCCUCCUGUAGCUGCCCGGGGUCAUCCUGUGCUGCCUCCUAAGUCUGUGAGUCCGUCUGUGCUCCCGCAGCCACGAGUGCUAUCCCUCCCUUUCCUGAGCUCUGGCAGGAGCACAGCCCUGUCCUGGGUCAAACUGGAUGCCAUGCCAGGCCAUUUCAGUCUCUAGAAGUCACCCAAGCCCCUGGCCCAGGAGGCCAGGUCYUUCUUUGGGACACUGAAAGACAUGUGGCGUCUCCUAGUCCGCUCCAGCUGGCUCCGGAGCUGGGCAGACACUGUGGAAAGGCCAAGUGGCUCAUGUCAUCUUGAGAAGGACAGGUUCAGUCCUGGCCUCCCCCCCAAACUUCACCAGGCCCCACUGCCCACCGUUGUGGCCCCAAGGAUAUUCCUGGUUGCCACCAGCAUGCUUGGCUGGCAGUGUGUCCUGGUGACAAGGAUCUCCUGGGGAGGGUAAUUUUUUCCUGUGUAGAAUUUUUUUCCCUUGAGAAGGCAGGAGGAGGAGGAAGAGGAUCUGGUUUCUUUGCCCAGCUUGAUCUCAGGAGAAGGGCCCUCUAGGAAGGGUCCCCAUGCAGACCAGAAAUGCUGCUUCCUUCCAAUACUCAGCUGCUCUCCRGGUGCUUCAGCUGGGGAGAGCAGCGAAGGGGCAGAGGCCCCUGCAGGGAGGUGCUUUGCUGUCCCCUUGUCCUUGGCCCUGGCCCAGCACAACUGGUUUUUCUCUGAGGAGGCUGUGGGCAGGCAGAGAGUCGGGAAAGGUGGUUCUCUUGCAGAGUGAUGAAGGCCUUGGAGGUCUGGAGGCUCUGAGCGGGAUAGCAGGAAGGGGUCGGACUGGAGGGGCCUGGACUUCUGACCCCUGUCUGGGCUAUGAAGCCACCAAGCCCUGGCAUCAGAGGUCUCUGCUGGGGACGACUGUCCUUUCUCCAUGCAGGUGGCUCCUGGGAGGGUGAUGAUUCGCUCCUGGUUCCCGUGGCCACCCCACGAGAGCUUCUUGUGACCCUCUGAGCACCACRGGGAGCAGCGGCACCUCCGGGGUGCUCAGCAGCCGAGAAGCCUCGCGGGUAGAGGGGGGUUGGGAGAAACGCGUUGUUUUAAGGGCAUUUUUGUACAAAGCAACUGUUCUUUGGUCUCUGGCGAAGCCUCUYGGAGGACGCUUUAUUGUUUACAUUGACUCCUGUACAAUAUCCCAGCCAUCGCUGCCCCGUCCCGGCCGUACUGUAACGUGUGAGCCUUGCACAAACGGACUGCGUGUGCGUGAAACUGGUUCUACACUGCGUUCUGUUGCACUCGGUGGUGUGUGUGGGUGUGGGUGUGUGUGCGAGCGUGUGUCCGGUCUGCUCGAGAAGUUGUGAGGUGUACAAAUGUGUCCCCUCUCGGCCCUUUCCCGGGGACACGGUCCCAGCGGGUGGCAGGAGGUGACGCCGCUUCUGGGUCACUUGGAUGUUGAAACGGAGCAGGGAUUAGCUCCGUGUCCCUCUGCCAGCAGAGGCCGGGUGGAAGGGAUCCCUCCCCACCUCCGGCUGCUCCGGGGACCUCCUGGGAGGAGCGAGCUGGGAAUCCACGGCCGCAGGGGCACCGCACCUGCCGGGGGCUCCAGGAGCCCCGCAGCCCUCUGGCAGGAGGAAGCCAUAGCCACCGCAGGUCCCUGCUCGCCGCACGGUGCGUCCUGCCUUAAUCCGCUCCUGCAAACCCCCCGAGCCCCUGGCGUGGGGAACCGGCGGGUGCUGGCCUGGUGCAGGAGGGUCCGGGCUGGCGCGGGGCUCGGUGCCUGUCCGGCGGAGCUGCCAGAGGUGCUAACAGCCCGCCCGCGCUGCAGACAUCUCUGUCGGCACGAGAGAAGGUGCCAGUGCCUUUUAUUUUCCUUGAUGGAGAUGUGACGUCCGUGCGCUGGUCUGUAGGGAUUGCCCAGGGCCGAGCAGCUGGCGGUGGGGUUGUAAACCAGGGAGGGGAGCGCUUCUGUCUGCCCCUCCUGGAUCUUCCUUGGUGGCUGGGAUCGUCCCCUUUCCCCCUAAAGACUUUAUGACCGAUGUGCUCAGCUGUUUUUAAAUGUGAACUUGUGCACUGAUGUGCAGAUUCAAUGUUCUUGUUACCGAAUGAAUAAAAGUUUUAUUUUGAAGA